UUUUAAUUAAUGCUCGUGACUCGCGUUUCCGUGCGUCGCGAAGGAACUGUUUCUGGGUUUUUGACAUUUUUCUACACUGUGAAGUGUCAAAUAUUUGCACGGAAAAAUGAGUAUUCUUGCAUAUAACGGCGGUGCUGUGAUCGCAAUGAAAGGCAAGAAUUGCGUGGCCAUAGCGGCUGAUCGAAGAUUCGGUAUACAAGCGCAAACGAUAAUGUCCGAUUUUCAAAAGAUUUUCGAGAUGGGACCACAUCUAUAUGUCAGUCUACCAGGACUAGCCACUGACACUCAGACUGUCAUAGAACGGCUGCGUUUCCGUUUAAACCUUUAUGAACUAAAAGAAAGCAGAAGAGUUCAUCCUAAAACGUUCACUGCGAUGAUCUCAAAUCUUUUGUAUGAAAAGAGAUUCGGGCCAUAUUUUGUCGAACCCAUAGUCGCUGGAUUGGAUCCCGUUACAGCCGAACCGUUUGUUUGCAACAUGGAUUUGAUAGGAUCCAGAAACAUAGCUGAAGAUUUUGUAGUGGGUGGAACUUGUACGGAACAGCUAUAUGGUAUGUGUGAAUCGCUUUAUGAGCCAGAUUUAGAGCCCGAUCAACUAUUUGAGACUGUCAGCCAGGCUUUAGUUAAUGCAUUUGACAGAGAUGCUAUCUCUGGUUGGGGUGCUGUUGUUUAUAUUAUAGAGAAAGAUAAGGUCACAAAAAGAACUAUCAAAACACGAAUGGAUUAAACUUUUUUAUAUCGAUAUAAGCAACAAUUGUCUCUUCAUAAUUACCAUUGUAAUUAAGAAUUAAACGUUUCUAUAGAGAAUUAAAUGUUUUUCUAUAA